AUGCAUACAGCAUUCUGCAGUGUAUGUCUGUCAGAUGUGGAGGAGAAGAAAAUUGCAGGAGUUCAUGGGAUACUUUGCCCAGAAGACAGUGUACCAACGGAGAAUGGUGAAUGCAGAUGUAUAUCAUCAUGUCCACCGAAUAAAUGCACGCAGGGUGAGCGUCCUAUUCAAGUGAGGGCAGCUUCACCCGACACACCUGGCAGCUGUUGCCCUAUCUACAACUGCAUUCCCUCAGAACCCCUAUCAUGGGACGAUGCAGAUGACAGUCACUUAUUGAAGGGCUGUGUUGAUCACAGUGGCAUACCACGUGCGAUCGGCGAUCGUUGGGAUCAAAAUCCCUGCGUUAAUUGUACCUGCGAGGAGUCAAAUGAAGGAGGUAGUGUUUCCUGCUACGCGACAAUGUGCAAAAGUUGCCAAAACCCUGUGCCAACACUGCCUGGGGAAUGUUGUCCACGCUGUCACGAUUCUAGGAAUGAUACUAUUUCCAAGAGCAAUACUAGUACGACAGUACCAUUUGUCGUGCCAAUAUCUGAGUGUAAAUCACUCGAAAAUUGUCAGCUACCUUGUCAUCUUGGAGCUGAAGAUGAUGAUGGAUGCCCGAUUUGCCAAUGUCCGGAAGCUACUCAGACUACUACGGGACCAGAUCCAACGGACAAAAUUUGCCCGGAGCUACCGCACUGUGGUCUCAAUUGUGUGCUCGUGAAGGACCAGGGUGGUUGUCCUGUUUGCGCUUGUGAGGAUAGCAUUGAAUCAGACGUUUCUGUUAUACCUGCAAAUGUACCACCACCGAAUCAAGGGGAAGAUGACGGUGGUAUCGUAUGUCCUGAGCUCAAAUGUGAUCUUCAUUGUGAGCGUGGCCUCAUCAUGGAUCAGAAUGACUGUACGGUAUGUCAGUGCAAGCCACAUGCAACUGGAUGCCCAACCAUCAGUGGAUGCAGGAAGAAAUGUCCUUAUGGAUACAAAUUCAACAGACGUGGAUGUCUGACUUGUCGUUGUCGUUCGACUUGCACGGAUCAUCAAAAUGAAACACAUCCUGAGGGCUCGGCCUGGCAGCCUGAUGUUUGCACAUCCUGCACUUGCGACACACUUGGACGAUUGAUAUGCAAGGAAACUGUGUGCUCCAUUGCGUGUUCAAAUCCAUUGCCACCAAAACUUGGCACCUGUUGUCCGGUUUGUCCCAUCAGUGAGAACCCCAACAGCGAGCCUCAGGUGUCACGGAGUUGGGGAAUAAUUCCAAUAACACUAAUUGCUGUUCUGACGUUACUCGUCGUUCUGCUAAUGAUUUAUGUUAUUCGAGGAAGAUUUCGAGGACGUCUGUCGCCAUCAACAACAAUUUAUUCGUCUUAUCCGGCUCAAUAUUACAAAUGUGUCCCAGCAUACGACACACCGGUACAUCGAAGUGAAAAAGUUGUGCCCCUUUAAAAAAAAUUACCCCCUUUAUUUUUCUUCUCCAUACUGUAAAAAAUUUAUCUGAUAACUGAUACGAACUGAGGGAUUUUUUCAUUGAAGGAGUCAUUAACAAUUAUUCCUCUACUCUCAUCCAAUUCACCAGACCUCUGCUUCCUCGGUAGUGAUAAAUAAAUCAUUGAGAGUUAGAAGAUAAUUGAAUACAUUGAUCUCUAGGCCUCUAUGGAUUUUUCCUUCUCUUUUUUUUUUCUACUCGAAUUUUUUAUGAUUAUUUCCCUCUCAUUAGCGGAUGUUGAGACGAGUUGAAACACUCAGAGAGAUUUGAAGUAUUAGAAUGUUUUAUUUCGCCAUAUCUAGGAAAGUGAUAGAUUAUUAUUUAUCAUUUUUUUAAUGUUAGUAACUUACUCGAGAGUCAUGAUGAGUUUGUUAAUGUAGUGAAAUCAGACUUCAUUUUUUUUUUAAUUUUAAUUAGGUUUAACCACUAGCUGUGUUAUUAGACUGUUUCUGUUUUUUUUUUUCGUCAAAUUGAUUUAAGAGCUUUCUAUUUUUUUUUUUUGAAUUUCCAAACGAUACGAGUAAAAAUAAAGUUAACUCUGAUGUAAUAUUUAUGGUUGAUGAAGUUGUUGGAUUAAAUCGUGGAAAAAUGAGGAGAAAUAUGAAGAAUCGUUGAUAAACAAUUAUUGUAAAUAUUCUUCAUGCUUCAUCGACGCUUUGGAGACUGCGCAAAUAAUCAUGAGAAGAAUCAUCAUGUUCAAUGCAAUCUGUUUUUAUUUCUUUAUUAAGUUGAAAUUAAUUUCAAAGAUGUUAAAAAAUGAUGAAUAAAAAGGAGGAGUUAAUAUUUGAUCCAAUGAUAUGAGAAGUGAAAAACUAUCUACACAUAUCCAUGUAUCUAAAUACGCACGUAGAUAUCAUUAUCCUUUUUAAAUUGAUAUAUAUUUUUUCAAUGUGACAUUGUCAAACCUCUAAUUCAUGUAAACGAAUAAUGAAAAUAAAAUCAUUUAGCGUUCUAGGCAUUUAAACUUAAUAUAUAGACGUAAUUAUAGCAACAAAAUUACGAUAAAAACGAAAACCAUAUACACAUGCAGUAUAAAUAUAUUUAUUGUCAAUAUAACAUAGGAUUAAGUUUCGUACGUGUACCUUGGAGACAAUAUUUAUAAAACAAAUAUUUGGAGUAAAGAAUAUUGAAGAAGCAAAAAAAAAAAACUAAACAGUAGAAGAGAAAGAGGAACCUAAUGAAAUCUAAUGAAAAAAUAAUAAAAAUUUCGACGAAAUUGUAAUGAUUAAAGAUAAACGAUGAAUUAAUCGUAAGCAAUUAAUGUUGCUUUCUUCAUUGAUGAACAAAUUGUGUUUCACUAUUCUCUCCGUUAUGGAGAGGUUUGUUAAUCGUCAUUGACCAGAGAAAUAAUAAUCACGAUUUAAGAAGAGAGGACAUUCGGAAUGUUUGUCCUAGUAUUCGAUGACAAAGCGGUAAAAGCAUUCAAGUCAAUUGAUAAAUCAUUGACUUUUUCUGAAAUUGGAUAAUUUCUCUCCAAAAAAUCUCGUAUUAUUAUUUUUUUUAUUCCAAAUUCAAAAACUUUAACUUUUGCAAUUUAAUUGAACUUGAAGAGCUUUGCCCUUUGGCUAUUGAAUAGAUGAGAACAAAAUUCAACAGUAUCAUUGUAAACAUAAAUUCAUAUCAGUGUAACGUAUCAAAUAAAUUAAUGAGAAAUUACUGAAAUCAAUAAUUAACGCGUUACGAAUAACUAUUGUAUGUUAAAAAACUGGAGACUCAAUAAAAUAUUGUUGAUACGCGAAAA